ACAUGUUUACAUGUUUACUUCCGGGUUAGAUUUCCAGGCCAAAACUUUCAGACAUUUCAGACAUGUAAUUCCGGUCGUACAAGGUCCACAAAAAUUAAACUAACUGAUAUUUUCGCUGAUAAGUCACAGAGAAUAGACUAGCUAUGGCCGGAUUGUGGAGAGGUUACGUGAGGCUUGCACAGGUCUAUCCGUUCAGGACUCAAGUCGGGACCACGGGUGUGCUGUUUCUUGUUGGGGAUGCCAUAGCGCAGAUCGGUGUAGAAAGACGGACUUUCCAGACCUACGACUAUGCUCGCACGGCACGAAUGUCGGCUGUUGGACUCUGCUGGGUGGGACCAGUUCUCAGAACAUGGUUGGUGACGUUAGAAAGAGUGGUCGUCACUACGGGACCGUCCGCAGCCCUUAAGAAGAUGUUCUUAGAUCAGGCCCUGAUGGCCCCAUUCUUCCUGGGUGCGUUCUAUCCUGUGGUAGGGCUGAGCAGAUGGGACUCAUGGGAGGAUAUCAAGCAACUAGUGAAGAAGGAGUACCUGUCUACACUGGUGAACAAUUACAAACUCUGGCCUGCUGUCCAGUUAGCCAACUUUUAUUUUGUUCCUCUGAACCUAAGAUUGUUAGUGAUGAACAUUGUGGCUCUAGGGUGGAACACAUACUUAUCCUGGAGAGCGAACAGUCAAACAGAGGACUCAUCUACCUCCUAGUGUCGUCACUCACAAGGAAACUUAAAAAGGACUGUGAAGAUGGGACCACAGAAAUAGACUGAUCAUGCACACUUUGGCAAAUGCCACAUACCAGUACUACUUGGCAUGGGAUUAUCAUGUGUCUGAAGUUUUUGUUAACUUUGAUCUUAAAAUGCCAAAGUAUGCUUUGUUCUCCAAAUAAACAGAGAACACU